CUCCCUCUUCGCCCACCUCCCAGCCUCCCCGGUUCCCAGCCCGCCACAGGCCCCUGGCUGAGCCCCAUGCCUUGGCCGACCCCAGUAUCUUCCGCUGGACGUCUGAGAGAUUCCACAGCCCACUCCCGCUUUUAAGAAUUCAAAACUUCACAUAAAUCCCAAGGAAACUGAGGUUUUGAAGUUUUAAGGUGCCUUCCUGGUGGAAGGACUGGAUAACAUGAGCGCUCAGGAAGGCGACCCACCCCUUCCAGAAGAAGAAGCCCCUCCCGCUUCCGGAGAAAGGGCGCCUCCUGGUUACGAAGAGGUUGCCCCUCCGGAUCCACGAGAUGAGGCUCCGCCCCCUGCAGAAGAAGAGACUUCUCCUCCUUCCAGCGAGGAGACCCCAAACCUUCCCGAAGAGGUGUCUGAGGGAGAUACAGGCUCUCUUUCCGAGAAAGCCCCUACUUCCUCUUUAAGUGAUUAUUUGAAUCUCCUUCCUUCUGAUGAAAGGAUAGUUAUGCCAGACGAUGAUGAGUUGGAACCGGGCAGGGUGCGACCCAGGCCUGCGCUGCGCAUGGCCCAGUCAAUGCUUUCUGAUGGCCUCUCCCAGUCUUCCCGCAGAUCAUCCAAAUAUCGCCGAAGUAUGAGUGGCAUUCCAAAUCUACAGGAAACAUUAAAAGAGAGACAGGCAAGAUACAGAGAUGCAAGAGAAAACCGAAAAAUGAAAAUUGACCCUUCCUACAAAUAUAUAUUUGAAAUUCUGUCAGAAAAGCUUGGCCUGGACAUAGUAACUGUUGAAGAAUUAAUUUUGGAUUGCCCAUCUCUGGAUGCAUUUACUCUCUUUUUUAUGAAAGAUGGUUGUAAGACACUGAAAUUUUUGUACCAAGAAGGAGAUGUACCUGGUUUUGAAUGUGGUCGAACUAUUGCUGGAGCAACCAAAGGGGCAAAGAUGAUGAGAUUGUAUGUAGACAACGCAGCCCCAGAGAAACUGAAAGGACAGUGUGUACUUUUUGUUCGCUGUCGCAACGAUAUCCCUAUAAAUACUAAAAAUAUUCAGGAAGAAGUGCUAUUUACUGUUCUGGAUGCAUCAGAAGGACUGCUAGUUGGGAUUAGAAAUAUGCUGGCAAAUAUAUUUCUACCAGCUAUUCUUGCGACAAAUAAUUGGGGUGCUUUAAACCAGUCCCAGCAAGGAGAAUCUGAGAAACACAUUUUUACUGAAACCAUCAACAGAUACCUUUCCUUUUUAGAUGGUGCUAGAAUAAGUAUUGAGGGAACAGUCAAGUUAAAGAAAAUAGACAAUGUUGAUUUUUCAAAACUGUAUACCUUUGAAGGCGUGACGCUUGCAGCAAAUAAUUCAGAAACUGUUCGUCAACUAGAGGACGUGCUGAUGAUAUGGUACAAACAGAUCGAACAGGUUCUUAUUGAGAGUGAGCAGAUGAGGAAAGAAGCUGAUGACUCGGGUCCACUCACUGAACUGGAGCAUUGGAAACGCAUGUCAGCCAAGUUCAAUUAUAUCAUCGAACAGAUUAAAGGGCCAAGUUGUAAGGCAGUUAUAAAUGUGCUCAAUGUUGCACGCUCCAAACUCUUAAAGAAGCAUAUCUCAGAGACUUAUGCCUGUGGAACACGUAUCGCCACACUGCACGAAGCAGCUCCAGGACCAAGCAAGUACCUCCUGCUGCGCAUGCGCAGUGCU